CAAGGCAAGAACUUUUUUUUCAGAAAAAGUGCUUUAUGACAUUGUCAGGUACACGUCGCUUCAACGCCCGCGUCGAUUGGUCUCCGAAAUGAAAGUAGGUUAUUAGAAGCUCUUCGAGCAGCUCUACCCAACUCCACCAUAUUCGCAUCCGCUUCGCAAUGCCGACGAUCACCGUGAGCGAGGGCAGUCCGCUUCUAUCUGGACGUCGAAGCCAUGCUGUCAGCUCGACGUCCACGCCUCGCUCGCCCUUCGAGACGGGCUUCCCCACUCUCUUCACGUCUCCGACGCCAUCGCCGCGGCCACAUCGCCUGGUCUUCAACAAGCCACAACCACGCCACCGCGAACUGCAUGUCUUUCUCACUCUCACCAUGUCCACAGUGGGCGCCGGUAUGCUCUCGGUUCCUUACACGUUCCUGCUGGUUCCGACGUGGGCCGCACUGCUGGGCGUCAUCAUCGUGGGAGUCGGAAUGGCACUGACAGCCAACGCGCUGCUGCUCGCACACGUGCAACUGGCUCAGAAGGAGGAAGAACAGCAGCAUAUCGGAGCCGGCAGGAGAUUUGCGUCGUUCCAGGCCAUCGCCGUCGCGGCUGGAGGUGAAGCGUUGGGCUACGCAGUGUCGAUUAUCACGGCUAUCGGUAUCUACGGAGGCUGCGUCGGCUGCGUCCGCAUUGUGCGUGACAUUGCACCUUUCCUCGUUGUCAUGUUCUAUCGAAUCAUUGUGGGGGCGAACGCAGAGCCAAUACAGUCAUCCACGGCUCACCAGAUCGGAGACUAUGUCAUGUGGGCGGUGUUCGUCGUCGUCGUGUUCCCACUGUGUCUGAUGAAGAAUUUGACCAAGUUGCACAUUUCCAGCUACCUGGGCUUUCUGUUCUCAGUGUAUCUGGUCGUGGCUGUGAUCUACCGAUCGUAUCACGCCUUGGACCCGAGAGACAGCGACGUUGAUAGUGUUGAUGGCAACAGCACUGCGGCAUACGCUGGUACCAUCACUGCAGCGGCAAACGCUGCGGCCGAGGAAGCGGCGGCUGCUGCGAAGAUGCCAACGGUGAUAACUGGAUCGAUUCUAUCGAGGUUUGCCCAUGCGGUCUCGAUCUACAACUACGCGUUCAUGAUGCACUUGAACCUGGUGCCACUGUUUAUCCAGCUCCGUGGCAGCUUCUCCGAGACUCUCAGAGAGUCGAAAAGGAAGAUGUCGCACUGCAUCUACGCGCUCAGCGCGUUUUGCGUGGUUUUCUAUGCAGUUUUCGGAUACUUCGCUGAGAAGCUGUACACUGUGACAGUACGCGGCAACGUGUUGCUGAACCUGGAGAAUGAUCCGCUGAUGGACAUUCCGCUGGUUGCUGUGUUCAGUACGGUGGUGCUGUCGUUCCCGCUGCUGUUCCACCCUUUGCGUGGUGUGUUAGAGGAGCUGAUUUUCACUACCAAUCUCGACGGGAUCGCGUUUGCAACUCGUUUAGGUAGUUCAACGAUCCUGCUGCUCUCUCAAGUGCUGCUAGCAAUCAUUGUUCCUGGUAUCGAAGUGGUCUUCGGCCUCACGGGUGCAAGUACCUGCUUCAUGAUCUGCUUCGCCUUCCCAGUGAUCUUUUUCUCCAGACUGUAUCCCUGGGAUCAAGUACGAAACGGUAAGCUGUGGAUCACAGCGUUGUGGAUCGUUGUAGCGUUCUUCAUGGUGAUUGGCAUAUCUGCUACUUGGUUUCUUCUUUCGGAAGGUUAAGUUUGAUUUACUACUAGUAUUUUUUUUAUUGAAAUGCUGCAUAACAGCUUAAGGAAAAUGCAACAUGUAGUUUAAUUUUUAAGUACCGUUUAAUCGGACGUUUGAGCUUCU